CGUAAUGCAGAGUCCUGUGCAGUCAACCCAGCUACCUUCCUUGACACUGAGCUGCCCAUUUUUCAAGUCAUGACUUCGACCGGCUUUGACCCUUACCUCCCAUCGACUUAUAAGAGGAGGGUAGUGGGGCGCACUGCAGGUUAUGGAGCUACAGGAGGAACAGGACCUCGAUCCACAUACUUCACCCACUCGGCCCCGGUAACAUCCUAUGCAUCUUCACGUAGAAGUUAUCCAACCUACACCAGGGGUUCUUCAAGCCACUCCACCUUACUUUCUGCUCCAGUGAUCUCAGCUGCCACUGAGCUGCGCCUUGACCAAGCAGCACAGGUCAGCUCUGAGUUUAAAGUACUGAGGACCCAGGAGAAAGCUGAGCUCCAGGGGCUUAAUGACCGCUUUGCAAGCUUUAUAGAGAAAGUCCAUGAAUUGGAGCAGCAGAAUAAGUUGCUGGAGACUGAGCUCUUGUUACUCAGGCAAAGGCAGACUGAACCAUCCAAUCUUCAGGGCCUGUACGAGCAUGAAAUCCGCCAGCUCCGUGCUGCUGUUGAAGAGGCCCGCCAUGAGAAGGAAGCGGCCCAGAACCACAGGGACGAGAUGAAGGAUAUGCUGAAGAACUUCCAAAAACGCCAUGAGAAAGAAGUUCUCGGACGAGAAGAAGCAGAGAGUCGGUUCGUGGAUGCCAGGAAGGGGGCAGAUAAAGCCGCACUGUGCCAGGUUGAGCUGGAGAAAAGAACGGAGACCCUGCUAGAUGAGUUGGCCUUCUUGAAAAAUCUUUGUGAGAGUGAGGUUGCAGAGCUGCAGGUGCAAAUUCAGUUCAGCGCAGAGAUGUCAGUGGACAUGGAGGUCUCCAAACCAGACCUGUCCACUGCUCUCCGUGACAUUCGAGCUCAGUAUGAGAAGUUGGCUCAAUGCAACCUGCAAUCGGCUGAAGAGUGGUUCUGCAACAAGAUGAGUGUGAUGACUGUAGGUUCCACUCGGAACACUAAGGGGGCAAGGUGCAAGGAUGAAGCUGAAGAGUACCGCCGGCUGCUCAAAGCAAGAACUCUGGAGAUUGAUGCCUGUCGUGAGAUGAACCAAGCCCUGGAAAAACAGCUGCAGGAGGUGGAGGAGAACCAGAGUGCUGAGAUCUCUGCACUGCAGGAUGCUAUAGAGGAGCUGGAGGAGGAACUGAGGGCCAACAAGAAUGACAUGGCUCGCUAUUUGAAAGACUAUCAGGACCUUUUGAAUGUGAAGAUGGCUCUAGAUAUUGAAAUUGCAGCAUACAGGAAGCUUCUGGAAGGAGAGGAAAAUCGAUUAAGUGUGGCCGGAUCAGGAUUGGUUUCCCUUUGCCCUCAAAACAUGUACACCAGUCCAUGCUUUGGAAGAGUGCAGGUCUCCACUCAGUCCCAGCUGAGCUCUGCUGCUCCGUACCUGAUGAGCACCCGAAUGUAUUCACCACUGCGUUCCACGAAGGAAGAAAUAUCUGCGAGUCUGAUGCAGGAGGCAGAGGCUAGCCCUCCGAAAGGGGAGGAAGAGCAGGUGGAGCAGAAGGAGAAGGAGCAAGAGGAAGAGCUGGAGGAUGAGAAAGAGGGAGAGGAAGAGGGAGAACAGGGCGAAGAGGAGGUGGAGUGUGUAGAAAAAGAGGAGGAGGGACAAGAGGAAGAAGACAAGGAUCCAAGUGAAGAAGGGGAGGGGGGAGACAAGGAAGAUGAAGAAGAAGAAGAGAGCCAACCUGAACAGCAGAAAGAAGAAGAUGAAGGUGAUGUGAAAAAGAAGGGACAAACAGAGAAAGAUGAGGAACCUGAAGAAAAGAAUGAAAAGUUAGACAAAAAAGUAUAGAUUUGAUAUGAUUCUUUGGUUCUUGGUACCUAAAAAACUCCCAUUCACAGCAAUUAUUGUCUCUCAAGCUUAUCCUCUGAGUGCAUCUACUGUAACAGCAAAAAAGUUUGACUGUAAUGACGAAUGGUUAUUGAAUAAGAAAAAAAAGUAAUUUGCAAAGAUUUGUUUGCAGGUGCUCAACUGUCACUGAAAUGUGGUUGUACAACUGCCCUUACGUGCAAUACUGUGUCUGCCUUAUCAAGUCCCCACUGAGUCCUGUAAGUCCUUGAUGUGCUGCACGGAAACUCCAAUAAAGCCUUGAAGCUUUGUCUGCAUAAAGCAACA